AGCAGCAGAGCGAGUGGGCAAGAGAAAGGAAAAAAAAAACUGCAGUGUGUGAGUGUGUGUGUAGUUUGUAUCCCUCCCCUGAGCAGAUCUUUAUCAAUUUGGGUGCUCCGGUCUCGGGGUGCACUCUAUGUGUGUGUGUAGUUAACAGCAGGGCAGAGCAAAGGUGUGUUUGUGAGGCUGUGUUAAGACUCUGUCAAAGUGGAAAUAAGAGAAAGUAAGCGGACUGAUUGUUUUUCUCUCUAUCUCAAAGUGUCUGUGGAGAAGAGCUCUGUGUCAACUGGAAAGCAAGCAGCACUAAAAGGGACUGUGUGCAGCCUAAAUGACUAAGUGGAAUUUGUUCAAGCACCAGACAACGCCCAUGGUCGCUGCCAAGCCAACAGGGGCCAGUGCCUUGACUGUGACUCCUGCCCCUGUCGCGCUGGUCUCUGCAGACAACUCCACCGAGCCGGUCAGCAAGAACGAUGCCUUUGACGAGAUCAAAAACAAGUUUCUGAAUGAAAUCGAUAAGAUCCCACUGCCAUCCUGGGCCAUCAUUGCCAUUGCUGUGGUCGCUGCUUUACUUAUCCUAACGUGCUGCUUCUGCAUCGUCAAGAAAUGUUGCUGCAAGAAGAAGAAGAACAAGAAGGGCAAGAAGGGAAAGGGUGACAUGGGGAUGAAGAACCUCAAAGGAGGAGAGGACGAUGACGACGAGGAAGACGAUGUCGAACCAGGACUGACUGGAGAUGAAAAAGAAGAGGAGGUGAAGGAGAAAGAGAAACUGGGAAAGCUGCAGUACUCCAUUGAUUAUGACUUCCAGGAGAACAAGCUGACAGUGGGAAUCCUGCAAGCUGCCGAUCUCCUCUCCAUGGACAGUGGUGGCACCUCUGACCCCUAUGUCAAGGUCUUUGUCCUACCUGACAAGAAGAAGAAGUAUGACACUAAGGUUCACAAGAAAACUCUCAACCCAGUCUUCAAUGAGACUUUCGUCUUUAAGAUUCCAUUCCAAGAGAUGGGAGGAAAGACUCUGGUCAUGUCUGUCUAUGACUUUGAUCGCUUCUCGAAACAUGACGUUAUCGGCGAGAUUAAAACACCCAUGAACACCCUUGACUUGGCAAAGCCAAUCGAGGAGUGGCGAGAUUUAGACAGCGCGGACCAAGAAGAGCCGGAGAAGCUGGGAGACAUUUGCAUCUCUCUUCGUUAUGUACCCACUGCUGGUAAACUCACAAUCUGCAUUCUGGAAGCCAAGAACCUGAAGAAAAUGGAUGUGGGGGGGCUUUCAGAUCCCUAUGUGAAGAUUAAUCUGCUGCAAAAUGGAAAGAGGCUGAAGAAGAAGAAGACAACAGUUAAGAAGAACACAUUGAAUCCUUACUACAACGAAUCGUUCAGCUUUGAGAUUCCUCUUGAGCAAAUGCAGAAAAUCCAAGCUGUGAUCACAGUGCUGGAUUACGACAAGAUUGGUAAAAACGAUGCCAUCGGGAAGAUAUGGGUGGGUAGCAAGGGUACCGGGGCCGGGCUGAAACACUGGUCCGACAUGUUGGCCAACCCCCGACGUCCCAUCGCUCAGUGGCAUCCACUGCAGCCAGAGGAGGAGGUGGAUGCUGCCCUCGCAGCCCUGGCUGCCAAGAAGUAAACUCCCAACCCACUCCCACGGUGCCCCCGAACGACCCACAUGUCCACAAUGUAUAUUCUGGUCCCAAAUGUACAUCCUCCCCCGAUUCCCUGCCUCGCCUACCUACCAUCUUUCAAAAGAUCCAUAGAUACAGAUCAUCAUGAUGCCAAAUAGCGCAAAAAAAAAGGGAAAAAAAAGUAAUACGUAUGAAAUCAUGUCAUUGAAAAAAAAAAAGACGACAAGUUAGAGGAUGGACAGAUGCUGUGUUGAUUUUCUUUAGAUCUAUUUUUGUAUUGGGAUUGUGGUUCCGUUACUUAAAGUAUAGUGUCGACCAUGAAGAACAGAUAGAGCGCGAAAUGGGAAUCUGGCAAGCGGGGGGAUAAAACACCCAUUCGUCAUCUAUAAUCGUACCUUUCCCUUUAGUGACACAGUCUGCUUAGGAUAGUGCUUAAUAAUAAAAAUGCUUUAUACUGCCAUAUGAUAGAGGAAUAACACAAGCAGGUCCAUUCCUUGGGUGUAUUAUGCACCACGCUCCACACCUGCCACUUAUCUUACUCGACCAUUCUGUUCAGUUAACGUACAUUCCUAGAGUUGGGUAGCAAGUAGUGGAAGGCACAUGAGCAGUUACCCACAGACACACUGCCUGUUUGAUUAGUUCACCUUUCACCCAUCGUCUCAGGAAUACUGAGAGGAGACUCCACGCCUUUUUUUCGACACGGUUUGUUAGAGGGGGAAAAACCACCUGAACGCUUUUCGGGAAGGCUGUUCUCCAUGUGGAUCAGGAGAAAGGUCUUCAGUUUCCAAGAUGAGAGAAAAUGUGUGUUUUAUGCGUCUUCGACUGUGCAAGAUAUCAAUUCAAGGCACUAUCGGAGUGGUGACAACGACCGAGACUUGACCAAUACCACCGAUGACGACAUUUACGAGGCGUGUGUUGUCACCGCCUGCUGUCCAUCGCCCUCCCGUCCCAACGCUGUUGUAUCUCACUCGUUCAGAGCUACUGCCAUUAGUCAUGGACUCCACGCAAGGGUUCCACCGCUGUACCGUCCGUCCUACAGUCAUAAAGGAGACAAGCCUUCUAAGUAUCAAAAUAAGCAAUUUUCAACUACCAGGGACGCCUUCCGCUUAGUGUUGUUGUUCUCUUUGUUUAUCACUGUCUUUCUUUUUUGAUUUAUGCCCCACCUUAAGCACUUUAAUGCAAAAUGUUUCAUCUCAACAUUGUUCAAAACCAGAGCUUUAAUUGUUAAUUUUAGGAAGACUUAUUCAUGGGAUAAUUGGUAGAGUUGAUUGUGUGUAUUUUAUGAUUUGUGUCUCUUUCAAUUAUUUGGGUGUUACGUGUAUCGGAAUGUAUGGAACGCGGCACUGAUUCACGCGUGUUUUCGUACACUGCGUGCCAAACAGCGGAAUUUAAUUGCACUAACUGGGAAUUUUUCUGUUAGGUACUACGCUGUUCUUUGGUAUGAUUCUAUUUAUUUUUUUCCUGGGGAAUGAGAUAUUUUGGUUUCAUUAAUUCCCAGUUCUGUGUUUUGUUCACUGUAUUUGGAAGUGAAAACACUUCAAAUUAUGACUAAAAUAUUGGAUACCUGUGUAACUGCGCCAGUGCUAACAACAAAAUCUACCAGUUGACUGUGCUUUGUCAAUGUCAAUCAAAUGCAUUUUGGUUUAGAAACGCUAAUCGUUUUUCUUAAUAACCACCAAUGAUUAAGACUUCUUCAUCUUUUUUUGUGUUGACAACACUAAAGAAAAGGCGACAUGGAAGCAAUCAAGCAACCCGUUGGUGUAAUUUUGCCUAUAUAGUACAUAGUUCAUCCCACGUUGAUACUGCAUGUUUAUACAAAAUACUGUACAUAAGAGCAUGUUUUAGAGACGGAGCAAAAAUAUCUCGUGUACUUUAAUGGGUGUCAUUUGUCAUUUUAUUAACACAAUGAAAGGGGUAAAAAAAAAAAAAGAUGCACUGUAUAUUUUCUAAAUGAAACACAUAGGUAUUUAUUUUCCAUGAGGGUCAUUGGCGAGAAUGUCAUCCAGAUGUUAGAGUAAGACUACUACUAAUUACUAGGACUCUUUCCACGCCUGAAAUUCUUAAGCAAGUGUGUCGUCCAGUACUGUGCGUGCGUUCAUGUAGGAUGAAACUGUAUAGCCGCAUGCUUGCUAUCUAACUGUGUGGUCCAAGUAUUAUAAUUUGCUUUUAUUUAAGAAGACAACAAAGAGACAUACUUACCAUACAUAUUGUUUCAAAGUUGAUCUGAAAGCUACUUUGGUCUUUAUUUUGAAAAUGAUUAGGUUUUAGUUUUUAUAUAUAUGGAACAUCGGUAGCCAAGUCUCCAAGCCUAUAACUUUUUCCAAAUAUAAUUUCUGAACUACUAAAAGCAAAAAUAACAGCUGUAUGAGAGUCUCUGUGCCAAUGUUGAUUCAGAAUAAAGGGUUAUUUCUUCCAACAGGGCCAAAAUAAUGAACAAUUCCAUUCCACUGAACGCAAUUGACUUGGAGUCCCCCAUCCCCGUCUUCUUAUUUUUAUUUAUUUAUUUUUUAUUUAAAUGUCCUUCAUGGCUUUGUGUCUUUAACUGUGUAUAAUAUACAAUAUAUAUGUAUGUAGAGAAGUUAAAUGAUAAAACAAAAGCCAUAAUACUCAAGCACUAACUCUUUAGAGCUCAGCUGAGGAGAUAGAUUUAUUCUAUUUGAAAAAGAAAAUGUCAUUUUUCUUGGCCACAGUUUGUCCGGUCAUUCUGUUCGUAGUCUUUGUUCAUUCAGAGGGUGAGAUAUUACACAAAUGCGAGCGUCCUCAACACUUUCUUAGGGCAGAUUUAUGUGUUUUGAUUUAUUCAUUUACAGAAUCUUUAAACUAUGGUAGGCGGACCAUAUUAUUUAUGUGUCAGGCCUCACUAGAUUCUUAAUCACUCUUCCAAAAUGGUGUACAGAGAUGGUUUUGCACUUGGGGUAAAUGUAUCAACUAAACUGGCGUUGUCUGCUUUUUAGCUUAGUAUAGUUUUGAUGAAUACUAAAUACUACAAAAUGGUUUCAACCCAUUUUUACAAAACCAAGAACAAACUUGUUACAGCAGACAUUAUAUUGCUGACUUGCUUAUAAAAAUGUAAUGCUUUUAAAAUCUAACAAUGGGCUAAAUGCUAUUUCUAGCUGAACACAGUUAGUUAAUUUAGCAUAAUUUCUAUUUUAAAAACAAAAAGGUGUUGUCAUAUUCACUUGCGAGAGAAGAUAAAGCUUGACUAAGCAUAGCUUUAAUGACCAUGGAUCAUGUUGAAAAUACUAGGAAGAACCAUAACCAGAGCCGUGGCUCCUUGUCUGAAGCAUAGCUUAGCUACGUAAUAAUACACGAGCAGGAAAGCCUUCUCGCAGUUUUAGUUCAUGCUGCUAUUAUCCAUACAAACACGAGCUUUUGCAAAAAAAAAAAAAAAAAAAGUGUAAAUGUUUCCAAAAUUACAAACACUAGCAAAGGAUUUUUGCUUCCCUUGGCCUCGUAUGCUGAUGACCUGAGUAGAAAUAUUUCAUGUGUUUUGGAAAGACUGCCAGUCCCUUGCUAUGACUGCCUGCAUUUGCCACCUGGUUUUGCAGAGCCUUUGGGCAGCAAAAUGUGAGAUGACAAAGCAAAAGUGACUGCAGAAACAAGCACAUUGAUGAGAUUUUGACUCUCUGCUCUUUUAGGGUACAGAAAGAAGUGUGUGUUUGUUUGGACAUAAAGUAACUAAAGUAACAACCUUCCUCAGCGGCUAUGGUGCAACAUCCACGCCAAAACUUCAAUAUUCAUUCCUAAAUGUGCAUUUUUAUUCAAAUGUUGCUCACUACCUUUUGUUGUAACACACAACUGUUUUGCAUAUUUGAAUUCUGGGAUUUAAAAAGGGAAACCAAUUUUAAACACACAUUCAACUCUCAUCUCUCACUUUUUUUUUAGUCGCACUAUUCUUGAGCAAAAUGUGAAAUCAUUCUCCUUCUGAUGUAUUCUUCAGCUGUAGAAUGUCUGUGUGCAUUUGUCUGUCUGAAUGUUGCCUUUAUAUUUGUGUCUUUGUCCUGUUCCUGUGUAAAUCAUCAGUCAUUCUACUGAAAGUGGGCGCAUGGAGUUCUUCCCCAAAUUCUGCUUUUACUGUGCGUAAAGAAUGCUGGCCUCCAUGUUGACAACAUGGACAUAGUAUAUACUGCCAAAUUCCUGUACCUGACCCCUUUUAUGAACGCUUUCACCUCUCAUUCAAGAUGUUUUCCUGUUUCUCUCUUUUCUUCAUCCUCUUUGAAAGCAAUGGAUCAGAGGACGGUCAGGUUGUGUCCUCUAGCUGUGUUCCUUCGUGUCUUGUGUCGUGGUGCGCGUGUUCAUGUCAGUACUUGUGCCUACUGUGGAUCGCAUGCUUUAGCCCUUGACUGGACACAAACGUUGCUCACAAACUCCUCUUGACCCUUAUGUGGACAAAUGUUGAGGAUCCUUAUAACAAUCAAGGGAGCCAAAUAACUUAUUACAAAUUUAUCAUAUGUGUUACCAGUUCUGUAAAAAACAAAAAAUAGGAAAUAAAGAACUUUUAAUUACAA